UAAAAAGUACUACAAGAACAAUGCAGAGCACGUGCAUGAUCAGAGCACAAACAGACAGAAAGAGAAUCAAAAAUCAAAACUCAUUCAAAACACAUUACACAAAUAUCAAUGCAACCUAUUUAUUCUAACACUAAGAGUUUGGUUUGGUUCCUUUCAAAACCUUAAAACCAUUCUAGGUAAUUAUUCAUUGCUACCAACAACUCUUGUUACUCUUUUGUUUUCAGUUUCUUUCAAUCCUUGUAAUUGUUAAAAAAAAAAGAGAGAAAAUUGUGUUUCAAUGGGUUCUGAGACAGAAACACAGAUUCAUCACAUAGUUAACAUUCCAGAAAUGAUUGAACCUAUGUUACAUGAACAAUGUUGCAUUUACAAGGUUCCUAACCAUCUUCUGAAGUUGAAUGAAGAAGCUUUUACUCCAAAGUUCAUCUCAAUAGGUCCUUUUCAUAGCCACAAUCCUGAGCUAAAUCAAGAGAAACAGAAACAAAGGUACUUUCAUGCGUUUUGGAAACGUUUAUCAAACAAACAAGGUUUAGCUUUGGUUCACUAUAAGGGUUUUCUUGAAGAAACUAAAGAGAAUAUUGCUAAAUGUUACUCUAAGCAUGAUGUUUGUGUUUUGGAUAAGUUUGUGGAAAUGAUUUUGUUAGAUUCGGUUUUCAUUAUGGAGUUGUUUUUGAGAAAAAGUAAUGAAUCUGAACAGAAGAAUGAUUUCAUGUUUAUGACUUCAUGGAUUUAUAGAAUCACACAGAGGGAUUUGUUGUUGCUUGAAAAUCAGAUUCCUAUGUUUGUUUUGGAGGAAUUACACAAAAGGGUUUUGGGUGGAAAUUGUGUUAGUUUUAUUGAACUUGCUUUUAAUUACUUUGAAGAUUAUUAUCCUCAGAAAAAAAGUUUAAAAGAUGAGAUGAUUCGGAAGUGUGAAUCUUGCAAGCAUUUCACUGAUUUGAUUCGAUAUAGUUAUCUUCCGAGAAAGAUUCAAGAAAAGGGCGUGAAUCAAUCGGAAAAUUUCACGAAAUUUUCAUCGGAGUAUGUACUUAGGACCGCGACAAAGUUGAAUGAAGCAGGAAUUAGCUUUGAGAAAGUUCAAGGUCGAAGCUAUUGCGACAUAAAGUUUAAGAAAACACCAAUCUUGAACUGGUUUUUGUGCUUAGGUUGUUUACCCUGUUUCAGAUUUGUGGAAUCUAAGUUACGAAUCCCGCAUUUGAAAGUGGAUCAAUCGACGGAAUGUGUUCUUAGGAACCUGAUCGCGUUGGAACAAUGUCAUUAUUCGAACCAACCUUUCGUGUGCAACUAUGUUUCGUUGAUUGAUUCGUUGAUUCAUACGCACGAAGAUGUUGAGUUGUUGGUUGACACGGAAAUUGUUAGUCAUGAACUGGGGAGUCACGCGGAAUUGGCGACUUUGGUUAAUUGUCUUUGCAGGCAUGUUGUGGUGACAUCAAAUUGUUAUGGUGAAAUGGUGAAGGAACUGAAUGAACAUUAUAAUAAUGUUUGGAAACAUUAUAUGGGAAUGUUGAGAUCUGUUUAUUUUCGUGAUCCUUGGAGACUUAGCUCAACUGUUGUUGGAGUUUCUAUUUUCUUGUUUGCUUUUGUUAAUUUUCUUAAAGUUAUUGGUGUGUUUAGUCCUAAAUACUGAAGUGAUUUUGUUAGAAUUUGUUGUAAUAGAUGUUUAAAACUGUUUAGGAUUAGUUACUGGAAGUGAAUGGUAUGGUAUGGUGUGGUAUAUGGAUCA